AUGCAUCUCCAGACGCUUCCAAGCGAGAUCCGCGCUCAGAUCUGGGAUGUCGUCUUCCAGAAUUCGGUAGCAAUACCACGAAAGACCCCUCUCGAGGGCGCCGACAUUGAGUAUUGCGAGCCUUGUCACCCAACACCACAUCCUCAGAGUGCGGAACCACUGUCCGAAAUCAUUCGACCACUCCUGAUCUGCCGUCAGGCAUACAGCGAAGCACUCCCCUCCUUCUACACCAACCUCUCACUAUUCCUCAACUCCGAGAGUGACUUGUCACGCUUCUACGCGGCAAGUCCCCGAUCACUGGCCCGAAACCUGCGCUCUCUCAUCCUCAUCACCCACAUCGAUCUCGAGAACUGCCUGUACUGGAACGACAGCCUAACGAAGUUCUUCCAGAGCCUGGGCAGCCUGUCCCUCACCAGCAUCGAUAUGCGGCACCACAUGCGCCCACCCUCGUCCUACGAGAACCUGUGGCCGGGCAUCUACUACAUCGCCCCCAUGCUCAAGCAGCCUCAGCCUCCACCACGCAGCCUCGACAUCACGAUGCAUUUUGACUACCGAUCUGAAUACGUCAUGUUCGAGUCGCCAUUCCUGGGCGAGGUGAAAUGCAGCGACGCGCUGGAGGAGCACGAGAUGGUGCUGCGGGAGCUGUUGGACGAUGAGCAGUUUAGGGACGGUGUGCAGGGGGAGGAUGAUGAGGACAUGACGCAGGCGUUGGAGAGGGUGGCGAGGAAGCAUGAGAGGAGUUGGUUUCGGAGUUUGCAGCGGAGGAGGAUGGCUCAGUUGAGUCCCGAGGAUAGGGAGGCGCUGGAGUUGGCGCUGGCUGAGGAUGAUGAGGAUUGA